AUGUUUGGCCGCGUAAAUCAGCUACUCCGACACCUCUCGCGUCCCUUGCCAAAUUACGCCCAUACUUCUGCUGGCUCGUCCGUCCUGAGCAGGAACCAGAGCCCUUACGCGAUGACAUCAUCCGUCGUUCCUCUCAAACCAAAGCCGAUACACACGGCAGCAUGUCUGAUUAUCGGUGAUGAAGUGCUGGGUGGUAAGACUGUUGACACGAACUCUCCCUACUUUGCCAAGUUCUGCUUCUCUCUUGGUAUACAAUUGAAGCGAGUGGAGGUCAUCGCGGACGAUGAGGACGAGAUCAUAGAAGCCGUCCGACGCAUGAGUGACCGUUACGACUUUGUCGUGACUAGCGGAGGAAUUGGCCCAACGCACGAUGACAUUACAUAUCAAUCGAUAGCCAAGGCAUUCGGGCUCAAGCUGAAGCUGCACAAAGAGGCCUUCGAGCGGAUGAAGAGACUAUCCAAGCCGCAUCCCCUGCAGCCCAACUUCGACUGGGAGACGCCAUCCCCGGGUUUGACAGCCAAGCUCCGCAUGGUCGAGCUCCCUCACGAUGAGAACCGACCAGAGCAGGACCAGGCCGUGUUCGUCGCGGAGGACACGUGGGUGCCAAUUGCCGUUGUCAAUGGUAACGUGCACAUUCUUCCCGGUAUCCCUAGGAUCUUUGAACGACUGCUGGAGCACCUGAAGCCCCUGCUUCUGCCCAGGUUGACAAACCCAGAAGGGGAGGGAAUCUACCGCUACCUGUUCAGCACGCCUCUUCCAGAGAGCGCCGUGGCGCCGUAUCUGACAGAUCUUGCAACACGAGCAUUGCCGCACGGUGUCAAGGUCGGCAGUUACCCGCGGUGGGGUAAGAAGCGCAACACUGUCACUCUGGUAGGAACCGACAAGGCGUAUAUGGAUUCUCUGAUCCGCGAGGUAGAGGAGAAUGUCAAGGGCCGCAAAGUCGACAGAGAAGACGAGGAUGACCCACCAUCAGACACUGAGGAGAGCAAAUAA